UGUGUCAAAGGCAAUUAUCCCUCGUUCAUUUGCAGAACAACGUGGAUCCGUCAAAGCAGAAGGUAGUUCCGUAACAGUGUGUUUUACACACUCCAAACUGCGAUACAGCCAUGGAAAAACUAUCUGGGCAAAGGAGUUUUGCAGACAUGAGCUCGCAGUAACCGUCGAGAAAUUCAAAUUCAGUUUGAUUAGGAACCCUAACCCCAUUUUUAGGUUUACCUUCUCUUUGUUUGCAAACGCUACCAUCGAACUUACCGCCAUCGACAUCCAUGUCAUCCACAACUCUAGGAUCAAUUAACAUAUCAUGCGAAGAAGGCCUUGAUGGUGUUGACGGAUCAGCCAGAUUCUCUUUCCGCCCUUCUUGUUCAGCUCUUGCUUCAGUCAGUGGUCCAAUUGCGGCACGUCUGGCUGCUGAGCAUCCUGCUCGCGCAACUGUCGAAGUGCACGUCCGUCCGCUCUCAUCAGUGCCAGGAACCGCGGAGAAGUCUCGUGGAAUGGCGCUACGAGAGAUCGUAGAACGCUCGUGUCUUCUCGCACAACAUCCCCGCACUCUCAUCCAGCUCGUUGUUCAAGCCCUAACGACCCCGACCCCGGGUUACGCCCUUCUCGCAGCCGAGAUCAAUGCAUGCACGCUCGCUCUCAUUAAUGCCGGCUCAAUCUCGAUGCGUGGAGUGGUUUGCGCGGUUCCUGUUGGUAGAGUGAGGAAGGGGAGCAUAGUUUCCAUGGAGGUUGACCCAGCCGAUGAUGCUGUGCUUGAGGGUGGUGGAUGUUUUGCUUUCCUGUUUGGAUUUGCCCUUUCAGGGCCGAUAAAAGGAAGUGCUCCACCUUGCGAAGAUAUUUGGUCAACCUAUAGCGCUCGCCCUGGAACGUCGUUUGAGGAGGCUGAGCUUGUGAGGGCCAAAGAGGUGGCACGGGAAGGCGCAGCGGAGGUGUGGCAAUCCAUGAAAAAUAGCAUACGUCUUCAAAAAAUGGUAGGAGAGACGCAAUCACCAGAAGUCGAUAUCAAGAUGGAAAUAUAAGCGCUAUCAAACGAAGGGCUGUACAUAGAAAUCGUGCGUCUCCAUC